CUUCGUCGCAAUUGCGCAGAACUCAUUUCUUGUCGCCCUGCGUCGACGAACUUCGUUCAAAACAUCUUAUGUGGCUCACGCGCGGUGAUUACCGACUCAACGCAUGGUGAACCACUUCUCGCCUGCAGUAUUCACCGCCUAUCCUGCCCAACCAGUUCUUUCGACGUGCAAAUCGAGCACGGAGUUUCGUCGGCUCUCUGCCGUUGCAGGAUAUUUUAUCGCACAACUCGUCUGUCGGCUCUACCAUGUGCACUGAGGUGCUUCACAUUUACAGCUGCGGUCAUGAAGUUCAGGAGAAGGCCCGCUGUGCCACAUCCAGAUGGACGAAUUGUGGCGUCCUCAACCGAAGAAUCGUUAAGCACGAUGAGAAAUUCCUCAAGCCGAUAACCAACAAGGUGUCGCCUAUGCAGGCCCAGCUCGAUGAGGACGCACCAGUUGCGAAGAGACAGGAUCGCGAAUCCGCAAUGUCCAUAGCAUCCGGCUUGGAAAUCAAGAGGCGUGCUAGGACCGGAUGCCUGCCAUGCAGAGAGAGGAGGAUAUCAUGCGGUGAAGAACGGCCGGUGUGCGCGAAUUGCGUGAAGAGGAAGAGACAAUGUGUAGACUUCAAUCAACGCGUCGCAUUCAAGCCACCAAUAGGAGAUUGGCCGGACCAUCCCGGAGACGUCUCUACGCUUCAAUAUCACAACUCCAUGCUUCCGGGCACGCAAUACUCGAGCCACCAGCCAGUGGGAGAGACGCAAUCUUCUGGUCAUGCCCUGGAUCCGAUGCAAUCCCAUCCACUGGUCCAGGAGUACUGUGAUGCGCCUUAUUCUUUCGUUUCCGCUUGGCCGCCUCUGGGCAAUCCCCGUCUUUUCGAGUCGCCGAGCUUUCUGCCAGCGCCUUCGGACGUAGAACUACUGAAAAUGAUGAAGGAAGGCAACUUCGAAUCGGCAAAGGGGCUAUCGAAAGAUGUCUCUUCACACAGCGCAAGAGCGCCAAAGAGUGCACAAGCAGGAACGCGUACGUCGAACGCGACACGCGACGGAGAUCAUAUUAAGACGCACAAAUUGCACGAUUCCAUAAGCACAAGGCAACCCACAACCGCUGCGGGUUUCAACGUAGGCCUUACGGAUACGGGGACUGUAGGAGCGGAGCGCCUAGUGCUCGGGUACUCUGUGGAAAAUGAACCAAAAGAUCAGCUUUUGACCGCUGAUAAUUUGCUCGUAACGCUUAAGGGCAAGAAUAUCAACAGACUUCCGAUUAAAGUAUCGGAACGGGAGAUCAAGAGAAAGGAGAUGUCUAGCUCGUUUCCAGGGCAUGGACUGAGGGGGAAAUGCGAAAGCGAUGUUUCGUCUAGUCCAUUGGCAAGCGCUGGGAGCACGGAAGACGAAAGUGAUUCGUCUGCGCUUACAAUUGAGAAGAGAAGGGUGGUAGAUCGGGUCAUGGCUUACUUCUACAGCAUAUUUCGUGGUUUGCCUACGAGCCGAAGAGCACACCUGAACAUCGAUAGAGUCACGUCUCCACUGCUGGGCAUCACUACAUCUCCGGAUUACUCACCAACGGACGGCAAAUCAUCGUUUUCAUUGCCCCCAUUAACGCAGGUAGCCGGCUCGAAACAGGACACUUCCACACCAUUGCAAGAAACGACGACGGCCAACCGGAAGUCCGCCGCAGGGCAAUCAAUCACUUCGUCUCGGGACGGCUCUCAUAAACAUGCACGAGGCGACGACGGCAACCGAUCGGGUGAAGAAGAUGAUGAGUCUUCAUCGAAACGAUCGAGGAAAGAUAAAAUGCCCUGUGAUAUUGAAAGCAACAAGCGAAAGUUUGCCUGCCCUUACUACAAGAGAAAUCCUGAUAAGUAUCUUACGCGGCGAUCAUGUGUCGGUCCUGGGUGGGAUGAAGUUCGGCGCGUCAAGGAGCACCUUUACCGCAAUCACGCACUCCCCAUCUUUUGCCCUCGUUGCUACGAGACGUUCAAGGUGGAGUCGUUCCUCCAUGAUCAUCAGCGGGCGGUUGAGCCUUGCACAAGGCGCCCAAGGGAAAUCGUUGAAGGUUUCGACAAGCUUCAAGAGAAGCAACUGAGAAGCAGGAAGAAGCCGCAAACAGAGCCCAGCGAAGCAGACAAGUGGAAGGAGAUGUAUCGCAUCUUGUUCCCGGCUGACGACGAAGAUAUGAUGCCCUCGCCGUGUAAGUAGUUGCCUGCCAAUUGCCCCUUCAAGAAGCGGAGAGUUUGGUAGCGGUGCGGAUCAAGAACGUCAGAAUGGCGCCUUGUCUGGACAACAGCGAGUCAGGGUCCAGGUUCGUGGAUGUCCUAAUAGGUCUGUUGGAUGUUAAACUGGCGAGAAUAUCUUGAUGAAGCCUGGCAGCGGGUCUAUCAAAAGGCGAAGUCCCCCGGCUUCAACGAACUGGCGCGCUACGAAGAAUUCCUUCGCCGUGAACUACCAUCAGCAGUCCGUCGCGAACUUGAACUUGCGGUGGAAAGAGAGUUUAGUCCCGUGGAAG